CUAUUUUGGGGUCUAAGGAAGGUCCUUUGAAUGCAAGUGGCGCGGUAUGGGAAGUUUCAUGCACAGUGCUGUUCGUUCCAUUGUAGGAGUGUAAAUUCGGCAUUUGUCAAUGCAUGUGUUCAGCAAAAAAGCGUUUGUUUUGGUCAGCGUGUGGAAGCAUUAUUGCUAGCUAAAUUACAUUAUGUUUCUACUUGGGCACAGUCAUUGGUUCCUUUCUAAGGUUAUUUGGUGGAGAGCUGCCGCCAGCACUGCAUGGACAGUGUUGCUGUUACCAGUCACCACAGCUUUGUUCAUAGUUUUGAGCAAAGCUAGUUUGUUCCAUCCCAUCCAGUGGAUUUCUGAAUCCGUGAGUCUCUUCUAUGGCUCCUACGUCAUUUUCUGUCUCCUCAUCCUUACUGCGGUUGUGCUGUUUGUUGGGUUCUUCAACCUGGAAUAUUACACUGUGGUGCCCUCCAUCCCUUGCACCAGGAUAGCCCUGUUGGGAAAAGUGCUUCAUCCUCAGCAGUUUGUCCACUCGUUGGCCCAUUGCAUGAUGGGCAUGGUGGUGGCAUGGUGUGCGUCUGUAAUGAUCGGAGGGAGAUAUAAAUUCAUAGCCUCCCCCUGCACUGAGGAUAGCGGUGGCAGUGCUCAUCAGAUGUGUCUAAAUGAGUAUCAUCUCUUCUUGCUAUUGGCUGGAGCCUUUAUUGGAUACAGUUACAGCCUUCUUGGAGUGGUUAGAAAUAUGAACUAUGUUUCAUUUCACACCGUACAGCAGUUCAAGUACCUGCGUUUCAAGGGAGCCCUGCCUCUGGUUGUGAAGUACAGUGCAGUUCAGUCGUUGUAUUCAUUACGGAACUAUUGCAUUUUCUAUUUUUUCUUCGGAUAUGUGCCCAGAGCCUGGAUUUGUACUACAAUGAACCUUCAUAAAAACAGCUCUGUCACUGCCCUGGACACAGUCGCUGGACUCCUGGACCUCUCCUUGCUUUACCAUCUGUGGAUCAGUGGCACCUUCCUUCUGGUCAUCUGGUACACCACCAUGCUUCUCUUCAAGAUUUACAUCAGUGAGGCGUACAGUGUACCUGUGCAGUCAUCAUUUUCUGAGGACAUAUUCCAAUGCCUUCCUGCAGUUUUAAGUGGCAAAGAACCAAUGAUUUUAAAGUUUUUAGCCCUGCAGGACUUGGCUUUGUUGUCUCAACACUCCCCAUCAAGAAGACAAGAAGUCUUUAGCCUGAGUCAGCCUGGUGGUCAUCCUCACAAUUGGAGUGCCAUAUGUAAGGAGUGUCUGUCUCUCAUCAAUGACCUCACUCAGAGGCUGGUGACUUACCAUGAAGUUGUUUCCUUCAAUGGGAGGGCCAAGCCACAGUCCAUCGGCAGAGAUCAGCAGUCCACCUCCUCAGACAGCUCAGUGGCAUCAGGUAUGGAAGAACUGGCAAAAACUCCCUGGGUGAGUUCAGCGAGCCACACCACUGGAGUUGUGCCCCUAAGAUCUUCUAUGACAGCCAUGUCCGGCCCCCAGGCAGCUGGCUUCACCCCCAAGUCUGAUAGCCCGUUUGCUUCUCCUGCCAUGAAGCGCCUGGUUGGGGGGCAGGACCCCUUCUCACCCUGGUUUGGCUCAGUGCAGAGCCCUCAUGUGACCAGGAGGAGGCCCAAGCUGUGGACUUCCUCUACAGCAGGGUCUCCUCUAAAUGGCAGUCCUUCAGCCUCCCCAGCUGAAUCGCCCAUCCCUUCUCCUGCCACGCGCACACCAAGCUUCCUCACCCUGUGGGUCCACAACCGACAGGAGCAGGUUAAAAAUUUCUUGGCUAAGCGGGCACUGAUAAUGUACUUAUUUAAUAAGCUUCCAGAAGCCUCAAGUCAAGCCCUUUUUGCUGACAGUCAAGCUCACAUUUGGGCGCUGGAAGGCUUAUCCCAUCUAGUUGUGGCCUCGUACACAGAAGACCGAUUUGGUGUGGUACAGACUACGUUUUCCAGCAUACUGAGCUCAAUGCUGAUUUUGCAAGAGGCAGUGGACAAGCACUUCAAGUUGCCCCAUGCCUCCAGCAAACCUGUACGGUCUUCCUUCAACCUUGAGGAUACAACCUACAAAACUCUACGUUUCGCACUGAGAGCAGCCCUGAAGACGGCCAUCUAUAGGAUUACGACCACUUUUGGCCAGCACAUAUAUGCUGUGCAAAUGUCAGGAGAGCAUCGAAAGAGGCUCCAACAGUUCAUGGAGUACAGAGAGUAAUUCCACUGUCCUACAGAUUUGUGCCUUACUGCUGGAGGUGCUUAUUAAUCCACUGAGCCUUGAGACUUUAUAAAUAUUUUCCGUGGUCUUUUGGGUUACAGUUGGGAUUUACAGAUCUCAAGAGUUUUUGGGAGGUUCUUAUCUCUCAUGAUUUGAUUGGUAUUGGUAUUACAGAGAUGACAUCAGUUUUAGUUUCCUUUUUUUUUUGUUUUGUUUGUUUUACAAAGUUUAUUUUCCAACUAAGAUAUGUAAUCUUGGAACUAUGCAUUCAGUUAACAACUUUGUUGUUUGGCAUAAAAAUAAAAAUAAAAAAUUUCCAAUUCAUUUUCCAGAAUUUGUAUAGGUUGAUUUUGAAAGUUUCAUGUACUAGCUAGGAAUGUCAUCUACAUUGUACGUGUGCCUCUUAAAUUGCUUGAUCUUGCUCAUACCAGAACCUCCGUGACCAUCAGGGGACCACAGAUGACCCCCCCUAUUGAAAACACAGGUUUUGGGGCAAAGCACUGCUUACACAAGCGGCCCUCUUAUUCUGGGUGUAUUCUGCUAGGAUUUGCGGUAUGUGUAAUGAAUUGGAGGUAAUCGAUUUGUUUUACAUAUUUGACCAGUAGUGUUACAGAAGCCAUGAAUUUCAAUUAUUCAGUCAUUAAAUUUAAAACAUGCUGGUUUUUUGGUGGUAAUACCAGAGAUUUUUGAAUUAAUAACUGAAUGACCAUUUCACAUUAUAGCCAUCUGAAAGCUGAAUUUUGAAUUUGGCCCUAUUUAGAAGUGUGGACUGACAGUAGCACUGUGAUAUUACAUGCUUAUUUAUUUGCUGUUUGCUUUUUAGCGACUAUAUAUUUGUACAAAUUUUGAGAAAAACAAAUGUAAUUAUCUCCAAUUUUCAUGUUCAGUUUGGUUUUCUGUGUCUUUUUUUUUUAAGUUAAAUAUGGUGUUAUUGAUUGGGGCAAAAAUGUUUAAUGUGCAAAAAGUUGCUUCCUUCGAUUAAAAGUAAUGCUUAGUUUUAUACAA